UGUAUUUCCUCGCGCAGUUCUCCUUCACUGCUUAGGCAGUCCAAGUUUGUAGUUUUCUUCAUAUCACAAUCGUUUACAUUCCCUUUUUCCAUCAUAGUUACUGCAAGCCUCUCCAUGAUUCGACAGCUUCAGAAGCGGCCUGUUGGGUCGGGUGCCAUCCCUCUUUUUUUAUUCCACGAUGCAAGCGGCACUAUCUCCAGCUACUACACUCUUGGACCCAUGGGACGUGAUGUAUACGCCAUUGCGGACAAGCGCAUGGAAAGCGAUGUCUACGAAAGCCUCCAAGAGAAGAGUCGCCGAUACUACGCUGCUAUCAAAGCACUCGUUCCAGAGGGCCGGAUCCUAGUUGGUGGCUGGUCGCUGGGCGGCAUGAUCGCACUUCAAGUGGCGUGGAUCUUUUCGCGAGACCCUAGAGUGAAUGUGGAUGGCGUCAUUAUGGUAGACAGUCCUUACCCCGACUACCGUCAUGUCGUCUAUCUGGCUCCCGAAUCUCCCAUCUGUGAAGACGGUCCAGCACCCGCGGUGAACAAAUUGAAGAAUUCCAUUGUGCAAUCGGUAAAUAUGUUGCACAAGUGGCAGCCUCCUGUGUGGCGACGACAGCGGCAGCCGUACACCGUCAUGCUGUGCGCUACAGAACGUGUCAUCAGUGAAGAGCACCCAGCUUUGUCCUUCAUCGACCAGUUCAGAGACAGUCCAACUCUUGGGUGGGAGGAGCGGGCUGGCUCUGUGGUUAUUGAUAAGCGCUAUUCGAUUCAAGGUCACCACUUCAACAUCUUUGACCCAAGAAACGUCGCUUCCGUCACGGAUACAAUAGCAACGAUCGGCUCAGACAUCGACAUGUUAGCCUAUGACGACGAAGAAUGAAGGUGGCCAGUUUUUCAUUGUGUACCCUUCCCUUUAAGCACACUUAACCUUGCAGCGUAAAGCAUUCCAGUAAACACAAC